CCAGCUCUGUGAGGUUAAGGCAAAUUGUACCGCCUCUCUGUGCCCCAGUUUACUCCUCUGCAAAUCAGAGCUGACCUUUUGCCAUGGACUUUUUGUGAGGCUUGAAUGAAUCUAAUCCAUCUAAUGAGCUUACUUAGAAGAGAUACAGUAGUCCCCCCUUAUCCAUAGUUUUCACUUGCUGAGGUUUCAGUUACCCCCUCCCCGGAAGCAGAAGAUUCUUCCUCCUGACGAAUCUGCAGAAGGUCGAUAGUAGCCUAUCGCGACUUCAGGGUGCCUGUGCCAGUCUCCUCGCGCCAGGUCUCACGUAGGCUUUUUAUCAUCUCACAUCAUGACGAAAGCCUACUCCUUGACAUUCAACAUUCACCCACACUAAACCAGAAGCUAUCACCAUGACAAGGGACCAGAAUGGAACCUGGGAGAUGGAGAGUAAUGACAACUUUGAAGGCUACAUGAAAGCCCUAGAUAUUGAUUUUGCCACCCGCAAGAUCGCAGUACGUCUGACUCAGACAAAGAUCAUUGAUCAAAACGGCGAUAACUUCAAGACAAAAACCAACAGCACGUUCCGCAACUAUGACCUGGAUUUCACCGUUGGAGUGGAGUUUGAGGAACACACAAAGGGCCUGGACAAUCGGACUGUUAAGACGCUGGUCACCUGGGAAGGCGAUGUCCUGGUAUGCGUGCAGAAGGGGGAGAAGGAGAACCGCGGCUGGAGGCAGUGGGUUGAGGGGGACAAGCUGCACCUGGAGCUGACCUGCGGUGACCAGGUGUGCCAUCAAGUGUUCAAGAAGAAGUAAUGGCCCACGAGGGGGCCUGCUGAGCACGUGCUCCACACUUCCCACAUGGGUUCUCUGUGGGCUUAGGGAAGCAGCCAUGGGGACCCUCCCCUCCUAACAGAGCCCAGUAAGGCAUCUGGAUGGGUUUUAAAACAGAAUGAGUAUGUUAACAGGUGACAAAUAUAUACUUCCUUCGUUGAAACCUGGCAUUAAAUGAAAAAACAAAAAUCACUCCCAUACUUUGAAACCCUUUA